UAUUUUUCAUUUAUUCAAGCAUAUGUAUGAAAUCUAAAGACGGAGUGAAUACUUUGUAAUACCGGUUAUUUCGCUUUUUGUAAAAGCGACAUAAGUUUUGUGAAUAUUUAAUCAUAAUGACUGCGUUAAGUGGUUUUAUGGAAUUUUUUCAAAAAGGAAAGACAUUUAGGCCAAAAAAGAAAUUUGCUCAUGGAACUUUAAGAUAUUCUUUGCAUAAACAAGCACAAGCUUCAUUGAAUUCAGGAAUUAAUUUAAGAUCUGUUGUAAAAUUACCUCCUGGAGAAGAUCUGAAUGAUUGGAUAGCUGUUCAUGUGGUAGAUUUUUUUAAUAGAAUAAAUUUAAUAUAUGGUACUGUUUCUGAAUAUUGUGACUCUGCAUCUUGUCCAACAAUGAGUGGUGGAGCUCGUUUUGAAUAUUUAUGGGCAGAUGGUGAAAAAUAUAAAAAACCUACUGCAUUACCAGCACCACAAUAUGUUAGUCUUCUUAUGGAUUGGAUUGAAGCUCAAAUUAAUAAUGAAACCAUUUUCCCUGUAUCAACAGAUGUACCAUUUCCAAAAACUUUUGUCCUACUAUGUAGAAAAAUUUUGACACGUUUGUUCAGAGUUUUUGUCCAUGUUUAUAUACAUCAUUUUGAUCGUAUUGUAGCAAUAGGAGCAGAAGCACAUGUGAAUACAUGUUAUAAGCAUUUUUAUUAUUUUGUAACAGAAUUUGAAUUAAUAAACACAAAAGAAUUAGAACCUUUAGCUGAAAUGACAGCUAAGGUUUGUAAGGAUACUGCAUCACCAACACAAACAACAGCACCAUCAAAUAAUGCCAGAUAGUGAUGAAUUUAAUAAAUGUGUAAAAUCAUAAUCAAAUUAGAAUGAGAUAAAUUUUUUCUAAUGUAAGUAAAAAAUUUGAGAAAUUUUUAAUUUAUUUUUUUUCGAAAAUAUUAUAAAAUUUUAUAUUUAGGAUGCCACAAAAUAUUACUUUUAUUACUAUUUACAAUAUCGAAGAAUUUCAUCAAGUGCUUUAUUGUAUAGUGCUUCUAAUCUUCUAUUGGGGAUAAUUUAUUAAUAUAAUUAUCUCUUUUUAGUUAGUCAUAAAUGUUAUUAAUAUAUUAUAUAUAUAACAAAUUAUAUAAUUAAAUUUUAAAAAUCCAUCCUUUUUAUG